AUGAAGAGAUUGUUAGCAGACGCUGGUUUUAAAUCAGCGCUAUACUGUAUUAAGUAAUUGGAUCGAUUCUGCAAGAGCCUUAAACUUGAGAAAAGUAUGGAGCGGGGAUGGUACAGUCAGGGAUUGACACUUUAUCUUGGUUUCCUUGCCAUCUUGUCGCUAGUUACAACUCAACCUUGUCCACAGGAAGACAACUUAAAUAGGAACCCAGAUUGCGUUGACGGUGAUUGCAAUGCAGAUGUGUCGCCCCUUUACAGAGAUUGCGGUGAGAACACGGAGUGUUACAUUGCGCAGUUCAUGCUAUUUGUCAGAAAUCACUGCAUAUGUGAAGAUGGAUUUGAAUUCACCCCCUCUGAUCAGAAGACAGACUGUUUUGAUGGUGAUUGCCAAAUGGAUGAGUCGUCCUUUUAUGGAGAUUGUGGUGAGGACGUACAGUGUCACAUUGCACAGUUCAAGCUAUUUUCCAGAAAUCACUGUAUGUGUAAAACAGGAUUUAUGCCCACUGCCGAUGAAACAACCUCUGAUCAGAAGACAGACUGUUUCGACAUUAAUGACCAUGUUGACAAGAAUAGUGAUGAAUUAAGUGGACCGAAUGGAACUUGUCUUAACACAGCAGGAAGUUACAACUGCUCCAGGAACCAAGCAUUCGAAACUGCAGGAGUGACUGAUUCCUUUAAUUUAACUAAAGAUCAGCAUCAAGCUCCUGUAGCGUCUCCUAAGCUUCCCACUGACCCUAAUGGCUACAAUGUCUCUGCUGUUGGAGCCACUGGAAUUGACCCCAGCUUGUCAACAGCAUCAGAGCAGCCAUUCUCGCCUGUGGAAUUAUUUUGUUCUCGGAUGACUAACACCAGCAGGUUGUUUGGUGAAUUGUGCCAGAACCCUGCCAAUGGAUCAUUAAUUGAGGAUAUCACUUCUCUCACAACAAUGCUGUUUGCAGAGGAUUCCCUAUUGAAGGCUAAAGCACAGGAGGAGCGGCUAAACUCAGCAUCUCAGGUUCUGCAGGACGUGGAGAGAGCUGCUAUCAUACUCGCCCUGAACUCAAAGGGUCAAGAACUGAAAGACAUCACUAACAAGGCAAUGGACCUUCAGCUGCGAGUUAUUGACAUGAGCAGCAUGGAUAAUAAAAUGAGCCUGGAAGCCAAAGGCAAUAUGAUAGACAUCUCCUGGAAACCAGCCACCAGCUCCGAAAUUACUGGCUCUGUUGCGGUUGCUUUCAUCGUGUAUCACAACAUGGGUUCCAUCCUUCGCGGAGCAUCUUACAAAAACAAGGAAACCAGCCAGAAAUAUGAAGAUGUCCAGCUACAGUCCAGAGUCAUUUCAGCAGCUGUGGGAUCCUCAGGCAACUACAAACUAUCUGUCGCUGUCAGCUUCAGUCUAAAACAUGAAGAGGAUACCUCAGUUGGUCGGAGGAGGCUAUGUGCUUACUGGAUGCACACUACAAAUGGAGGCCAUUGGUCCCCAAGUGGCUGUGAAUUGGUGGGCUCCAAUGACACACAUACCACAUGUCAAUGUGAUCACUUGUCCAGUUUUGCCAUUUUGAUGGCCUUUAGUGAGGAGUUACAGGAAUACUCUAUUAAGCCACUGACUGUAAUCACGUUCAUUGGAAUCCUGAUAUCUCUGGCGUGCCUUGCACUGGCUAUUGGCACCUUUGUCUUCUGCUCGCAGGCUCAGAAUGCUGUAACGGCCACUCACACACAACUCUGCAUAAGUCUCUUCCUGGCAGAGCUGCUCUUCAUAAUGGGCAUUGACAAAACCGGAAACCAGAAGCUGUGUGGUAUCGUAGCGGGAUGUCUGCAUUAUUUGUUCCUUACAGCAUUUGCUUGGAUGAGCUUGGAGACAUUGCAGCUUCACCUCAUGGUCAGGAACUUGAAGAACAUGAGGGUAUUCCAUUCCAGUAACAUUGGGAGGUAUAUCUACCCAUUGGGGUAUGGGCCUCCUGCACUGAUCGUGGCAAUUUCUGCAGCCACCUGCCCCAAUGGAUACGGUUCACACAGAAACUGCUGGUUAUUGGUGGAGAAUGGGUUUAUCUGGAGCUUCUUGGGACCAGUCUAUUUGAUCAUUUUGAUGAAUACGUUCCUGUUCACCAUAACUAUCUGCAUAUUGAAUGAAGAACUUUCGAAUCGUGAUGUGAAUGUCUCAAAAAUUAAGGACACCAGGAUGCUGACAUUUAAAGCCAUUGGACAGAUUUUUAUCCUGGGCUGUACUUGGAUUCUCGGCUUGUUUCAUUUUCAGGAGGAAACAAUCGUGAUGGCCUAUUUAUUUACAAUUGUCAACAGUUUUCAAGGCACCUUCAUCUUCAUCAUCCUUUGUGUGUUAAAUCCCAAGAUAAGGGCUGAAUACAGCAAGUGGAUUACCUGCAUCUGCAAGACCAGAAAGAGCUUAUUUGAAUCGGAAUCUGUGAAAGUGCCAUUGUCAGCUACAUCGGAAAUAGUGUGACCGGAUGUGUUUGUGAACUUUGCAAAGAGCGAACAGACUCUUUCUGGACAAAUAUCUGAUCUGGACUGGAUGUUAAAUGAAGAAUGUGUGGACAUGUUACGUUCGAAAAAUGCCAUUAUAUCUCCGAUAUUCAAUCAAUUGGAAUGGCAACCAUGGAUUAAGCAUUGCCCUACUACAAACAGCUGGUUCUGGGAGAUGUGACAUGUCUUAUAUAGUAAAGUAAAAUACUAAUAAUAACAUUACGAUUUGGUUGUGUAAGCAACCCACUGUUGAAAGUUUAUUUGAUGGUUAGUUAAUUGUAUUAGUUCUGCUCAUUAAAGAAUAAAGAGGUCAUGUGUAAAAUGGAAUGACACUGUGGCAACCCACUGCAAUCCAAGUGCCUUGUUUAAGAAAAGGAAUUGAAGUAUUUUGUGGUUACCAACAUCAUUUGUCAUCCACCAGACUGUUGCUGUUAGCCCCUUUUAUGCUUUGCUCUGUGUUUAAAAUUCCUUGGCCAGUUAUAAUCUAUUGUUCUAUUCAUUAGAGAGUGUGGACAUCCACCAUUCUCUGAUGUCUGAGCCCAUGAGUGCACAUUUAGAUGUGAGAGUUUAACUGUUUGAAAUGGUUUCUUAAAUACAAAUUUAAA